GGAGGGAAUCGCUGGUCCCGCUCUGGUCCCUCCUACAGAAACAACAGCAGUCCGGAAAAGUAAAACUCCUAACGUCGCUCUGAUGGCAGCAGAUUUGUUGCCUUUCUGAAAGUCUGAUCUUAAUGUAUGGGCUGACGGCGUGUCCGCGGUAAAGAGAAGUGGAGAUGGCAUUAUGGAUCCAGGCUCAGCAGUUAAAGGGGGAUGCACUGCACCAGAUGCAGGCACUCUAUGGCCAGCAUUUUCCCAUAGAGGUGCGACACUACCUGGCGCAGUGGAUCGAGUCUCAGCCAUGGGAUGCGAUAGAUGUGGAGAAACAGCAGGAGGAGUUUAAAGCCAAGCGCUUGCUGGACACUCUGAUUCAGGAACUGCAAAGGAAAGCUGAACAUCAGAUGGGGGAAGACGGGUUCUUGCUAAAAAUUAAACUGGGCCAUUACGCAUCACAGUUAAAGAGUGCAUAUGACCCUUGUCCCAUGGAACUUGUGCGCUGUAUCAAACACAUCCUCUACACAGAGCAGAGACUAGUACAGGAAGCAUCAAAUGCAAGCAGUCCGGGGGUGGGACUGACGGACGGCACGCCACAGAAAUACCAGCAAAUCAAUCAAGCGUUCGAGGAACUGAGGGUGAUGACACAGGACACAGAGAAUGACCUGAGAAAGCUGCAGCACAGCCAGGAAUAUUUUAUCAUUCAGUACCAGGAGAGUCUGAGAAUACAGGCUCAGUUGAGUAGUUUGACGAGUUUGCCACCGGCAGAGCGAGUGCAGAGGGAGACGAGCUUGCAGAGUCGAAAAGCUACUCUAGAGGCGUGGCUAACCCGAGAGGCAAACACCCUGCAGAAAUACAGACAGGACCUAGCAGAGAAACAGCAGAGGACGCUGGCGUUGUUGAGGAAGCAGCAGACAGUGAUAGUGGAUGAUGAGCUGAUUCAGUGGAAGAGGCGGCAGCAGCUUGCUGGAAACGGAGGACCUCCUGAAGGAUCUCUGGACAUUCUUCAGUCCUGGUGUGAGAAGUUGGCAGAUAUGAUCUGGCAGAACCGGCAGCAAAUUCGGAGGGUUGAGCACCUAACACAGCAGCUGCCCAUUCCAGGCCCUACAGAAGACCUGCUUAAAGAACUAAACGCCACAGUCACAGACAUCAUAUCCGCUCUAGUCACCAGUACCUUCAUAAUAGAGAAGCAGCCUCCGCAGGUGUUGAAGACGCAGACGAAGUUUGCAACGACGGUGCGUCUGCUGGUAGGAGGGAAACUAAACGUCCAUAUGAACCCUCCUCAGGUCAAAGCUACUAUCAUAAACGAGCAGCAGGCCAAAGCCCUGCUGAAGAACGAGAACACCAGGAAUGACAGUAGUGGAGAGAUCCUGAACAAUAACUGUGUGAUGGAGUACCACCAAACCACAGGCACCCUCAGCGCACACUUUAGAAACAUGUCUUUAAAGCGUAUCAAGCGCUCGGACAGGCGUGGUGCCGAGUCAGUGACUGAGGAGAAGUUUACGGUUCUGUUUGAGUCUCAGUUCAGCGUGGGAGGAAAUGAGUUAAUGUUUCAUGUCAAGACAUUAUCUCUGCCUGUUGUGGUUAUCGUUCAUGGAAGUCAGGACAACAAUGCCACAGCAACAGUGCUGUGGGACAAUGCUUUUUCAGAGCCGGGUCGAGUUCCCUUCGCUGUUCCUGAUAAGGUGACGUGGCCGCAGCUGUGUGAAGCUCUGAAUAUGAAAUAUAAAUCGGAGGUGCAGAGUGAUCGUGGGCUUUCAGAAGAAAAUCUAGUUUUCCUUGCCCAGAAAGCGUUCAGCAGCUCCAGCAACAACCCUGAAGAUUACCGGAACAUGACCAUGACCUGGUCCCAGUUCAACCGGGAAAGUUUACCAGGUAGAAAUUUUACCUUCUGGCAGUGGUUUGAUGGGGUCAUAGAGCUUAUGAAGAAACAUCUCAAGUCUCACUGGAAUGAUGGGGCGAUACUGGGUUUCCUCAAUAAGCAGCAGGCGCAGGAUAUGCUGUUAUCCAAACCUAACGGCACGUUCCUGCUGCGCUUCAGUGACUCGGAGAUCGGAGGCAUCACCAUCGCAUGGGUGGCAGAAAACCCCAACAAAGCAGGAGAGCGAAUGGUGUGGAAUCUGAUGCCCUUCACCACAAAAGACUUCUCCAUCCGCUCUCUGGCUGACCGCAUCAGUGACCUGAACCACCUGCUGUUCCUUUACCCCAACCAACCUAAAGAUGAAGUUUUCUCUCGCUACUGCACCCCACCCAACUCGAAAGCUGUAGGCGAUGGCUAUGUCAAACCAGAGAUCAAGCAGGUGGUGAAAGUGGAGUUUUCAUCAAAUUCUGAUCAGUCCGCUGGAAACUCCAGCUUCAUGGACCAUGCUGCUUCGCCAACUGUCAGUCAACAAAACAGCUUUCCAAUCUACCCUACAAUCAGUGACCCUAUGUUGGACCCUGAGGGAGAGUUUGAUCUGGAGGAAACGAUGGACAUGGCCCGGCAGGUGGAGGAGUUCCUGCGACAGCCGUCCGAACCUCAGUGGAGCGGGCAGCAGUCGUGACCAUUAACCUGGAAGUCUCACAAACCUCUCAACCCAACUACAGAAGCACCCCAAGGGAUUCCAUUCCGUCUUUUGUUCAGUGUUUUAACAAAUGUGAACGUUUUAGGAUCGCUUGUUAACGUUUUUUAAUGACUCUGCAAUGUGAUCGUAACUGUCUCUGCUUUUUUUUUUGUUUUGUUUUGUUUUUGUUUGUUUUGCAUGACAAUUAUGUGCGUCGUUACUAGCCAACGGACCAGCUUUGAAGGUAGGCGAAUAACAAUCGUGUUGUUUUCUAACCUUGAAAACCUCAAAAAUUGAGAAUUAUAACUCUUUUAAGCAGCACUUAAAAGAAAAGAAAUGCUGUACUGUGUUUCUGACCUAAACUCUAUAGUAUCAGUACCUUACAAUGCAAAUGUUGUGUUUACUUAUUAAAGGUUUUUAGGUAAUACAUGCAGAAUGUACUUGACCUCAAGUAUAUAAAUUCUUAUAUAAAUACUUCAGCAUCAAAAUAGUAUUUCUAAGUAAUAUUUCCAAAAAAAAUCAUUGUUUGCCAUUGUUUGCCAUAUGGCUUUGCUGUAACUUUUGGAAGUAAAGAUAAAACAUCCUUUAACUUUGUAGUAGUGUACAUUCUUACAGUGCAUCUAAAGGUAUUUGCUGUAGUUGAAAUCUAUCACCAUGGACCUCCUAAUGUGUGGAACAGAUGUUUGCUACCAUAUUUUUCGGAAUUAUAAGGUGCAUUUUACCAAAAAGUGACCGUGCGUCUUAUAAUCCAGUGCACCUUAUGUAUGAAUUCUACAAGUCAGGUAUUAAGGAGCAGUAAUACAGCGUUAUAAGGGUGAGUUUUUUUUCUUCAAUGAAGUUUCUCCAGCACUAAGGCUGGGUGCAGCAGCAUUAGCCAGUAACUGCAGCGCUAGCUCUUUAAGCAGUUCAGAGUUGAGUUUAUCUGACCGUAGUCUGUGCAAUUACUAUUAAUUGAAACAAGCUACAUGGGACAAACUGCUAGCUAAUAGUGCCCUGGGUUACUGGACCACUCAGGGUUCUUCAGUCUCCUGCUAUCGGGCACCAUUACCUAGGGCUAAAUGCAGCUGGCUAGUGCUCACCUUUGGACAAAAUACUGGAAAUCUAUGCUUACUGUAAAUAAACGGAAGUGCUUUACUCACCCAACUAAACAGUUUUCAGAAGAGCAAUCUGUGUAGAUUAACAUCCAGCGCUCAUUUGACUUUGAAAGAAAGUCUUUUUUUUUAAGAAUUACAGUUUUGUUUACUUCGUCGCCCCCAGUGUUAAGACCUGCUGAAUUAGAAGGGAAACAUGGCGACACUCUUGUUCACUUUAAAGUAUUCAUUCUUACUAGUGUUGCUUAAUGCGCCUUAAAUCUGGUACACCUUAAAUUAUGAAAGUAGACCAGAAAAUAGACGCACACCGAUGGUGUGCCUUAUAAUCCGAAAUAUAUGGUUAAUUUUAAAAAUACGAAAAAUAAAUAAUAUUAACAUACAUUCUUAAAAGAUUUAAUACAAACUUUAGCAAUCAACGCCACACAUAUUGUGCAUCAAAUGAACUGAAAUAAAAACUGAAUAUUUCAGAUUGAAAUCUCUUCACAUGGUAAUGGGUACAGUAGAGCUUCGGUUUGAAACACUGUGUACUCUGCACCGCUGCUUUAAAAAGAGAAUGUUGGCCAUUUGUUCACUUUUCUUUAAGCAACAAAAGUCUGUUGUGUCUAACAGUUGAUGCCAUUAGGUUUUGUUGCAUUUACUUAUCUGAAAAACAGGUCAUGUGCUCCACACUAUGCAGCACUUUAGUAUCUCCUAACUGCUGUUGGAGAUUUCACUCAAACUAUGAGAAUCUGACCAUUCAUGAGAUUUCAAUGAAAAGGGAGCUUUUUUUUUCCCCCC